AUGGCUUCCUCCGUAAGUUCAUUCCUCAUUUUAGUUAUGGUUUUCGUGGCGUUUUCCUCUUCAUUAGCCUUAAAAAAGGCAUCCCAGUUGAGCGUACCAGCCUCUACUAUUUCUGCUGCACCUUCAUUAUUGCCUUAUCCUCCAUUAUCUGCACCACCACCAGCUCUAUUAUCACCAGAUAUUGCUCCACUUUUUCCCUCUCCAGGUGGCUCUGAGCUCUCCCCUAGCGAGUCCUCAAUGCCUACUAUUCCUUCUAGCCCCAGUCCCCCAAAUCCCGAUGAAACGGCAGCUCCCGGCCCCGGAUUUGCAUUUCCGCCAGAUGGGCAGCGUCUGGAUUCCUCUGCGGUGGCUCUAAACUUGCAGGGAUGUGUAUGUUUCAUUUUGGUUUCAUCUUUGGUGGCAUUUUGA